GGAGAGUUGCCGGAUUUUCGGCAUUCGGGCGUUCUUCUCUGGCGCGAUGCAGGACGGCGACGGUCCCGGUCCGCCAGAAGCCCGUCCUGCGGUGCCGAAGCGUCCUCGCGACGAGGAGGAGAGCCGCUCGGACAAACAGAGCACCUCUGCCAGCGGUAGCGAGGGCGAUGACCUGUGUAAGGCCAUGCUCACCGAUGAGGGCGACUCGCUCAUCGAGGACUAUCUCAUCCCGCGACUCAAGAAGGUCAAGCUGAGACCGUCCAUAGGACAGCUUAGGUGAGAUGAGCGGGAGCAUCCAGACGCGACGCGCAUGUUGGCUGGCAUGCCGGUGGGCUGUUGUGUUGUGUGGUUGUUUCAGGUUGCAGCGCGAAGUGUCGAAUUUGGAUGCGUUGCAGCCGCACAUCUGCUCGUGCCUGCAUUCCGACAAUUGCCGUGCCAAGUUCAUCGUAACUCCACACACCGGUCAGUCAGUCAGUGAGGCAGGCAGCAGCAGCAGCAGCAGGAGGAGGAGCAGGAUGGAGACCAGCACGUUUAAGCCAUCUAUAUCAUCUUGGUCGGUCCUCUUGCUUCCGUUUCCUUCUCACUCCCUCCCUCAGGUCCGUUGUCGGGCCAGGGGGUGGAGGUAGACUGUUGGUUCCCCACCCACUACCCCCACCAGCCACCACACAUCUCCCUCAACCUCAGCGAAUGCAAACACCUCGACUCAAACAUACUCCAACAGGUAGGGACCUACCUGCACAGACAUUCGCAUGUCAGGCAGGUCGGACUCUUCACACCUGCCUGGUGUUGUUGUGCAGGUGUUGGAUCACGUGACUCAGGCGUACAUCCGCGACUGCGCCUCCCGCCCCCUCCCCUCCCCCCUCCCUAUCGAGCCACUCAUCUCCUUCUCAACUACUACCACCAGCGGAGGCGCUAGCCCCAUGGAAGAGGACAACAUCACCGCCAACAACGCCACUUCCAGACCACCAUCCGCUGCUGCAGGACCUGCUGCGGCUGCCGCUGCUGCAGCGGCGAGUGUGUCAGCGGUACCAAUCUUCCCCUGGUUGGAGAAACGGCCAGAGGCACUGCCGUCCAGCGCAAUUGCACCUGGUGUGCCGGCGGCGGCGGCAGCAGCAGCAGCAGCAUCAGCCUCUGCUAGUGUCGGUAGCGGUAGCGGCCCGUCGGCUUGGGGCAAUGCGCCGAAGCCAGCACUGCUGUCGCUGCUGGAGGCAGGGAGUCGGCCGGGUGGCGACAGGCCAGCCCUGCCGCGGCCGCCCGAUCUGUGUCUGCGUGAGACGGCGAGUAGCGUCGACGGUCCUGUGAGGGCGGGGAUGGUGUCGCGGGCGCUUUCGGCUGAGCCUGGCAAGCACAAGCAGCUGCCGCUGAGGUGUCUGCGUAUUGAGCUGUGGCGGCCCGUGUUUGGUGUCAAGUUUGUGCUGGACCAAGUCAAGAAUGUGCUGGAGGUGAGAGCAGAGCAGAGCACACCAAGGCCUUGAAGGCCUCUGGACGCCCCGCCCGUGUAUACCUGCCUGCCGUGUGUUUGCGUGGGUGUGGUAUGGUAUCAGGGCAAGCCAGAGGAGAUCCCGAUCGGCAGUCUGCGGCCGCUGACUCCUCCGGCAUCGCUCGAGGUAGACAUGGACAUAGCCACCGAUAUGCUCGGCAGUGACGCCCCCCUGCCCUCUGCCCCGCCCCCGCCCCUCCCCGGCAUGGAGGAGGGAUUCCACGAUGGAGCCACAGGCAGCACCACAGGUGGUGCGCACAUGAGCUUCCCGCCCGCGGCCGCUGCUGCUGCGGCAGCUGCUUCGUCCUCGGUCGGCAAGCGUGGCAAUGGAUCACCCUUUUUCUCUCAUGCCGCUGCCGAGAGCUCCAAUGCUGCUGCUGCUGCUGCCGGUGGCGGUGGUGGGAUGGGCGAUAGCGUCGAUGGGACCACCCGGCCGCGUCAGGUGCCGCGGCCCCCUCCCUUGCACGGCCUGGACCAGCCCUCAUCCCCCGACCUGUUCCGCGGCGAUGUGUCGCCCGACAGCGUGGCCAUCCCGGUGCCUACCUUUCCCACCUCAUCCUCGCUGCCGAACAUCGGCUCCCACCGGCCACCCUCCCCCCCUCCGCCACCCAUGGGCAAGAACCGACACAUGCGCUUCCCAGCAUCAUUCGAGCCUAGCCCCGAACCGUCGCCCGAUUCGCAUCGGCAGCAGCGGCCACACUUCCAGUCCUUCUUGACUGCGUCGCUGGCGCUGGCGGCUGAGGGUGCGGGUGACGAUGCUGGUGGCGGGGGCGCUGACCAUGGUGACAUGAGUCGUUCGCUGACGGUGCCGGAGAUGGAUAGCGGGGACACUCUGAUGGACGUCGACUGACUGACUGACUGACUCAACAGCCGGCGGAGUCGGGCGUGUGUAGAGGGGCAUAGCGGGUGUGCGUGGGGCAUGGUUGUAGCUAUGCCCGUGCCGUGUGUGUGGAAGCACUGUUUGUGUGUGAGCGCGUGUGGGAGUGGGGACGCGGCCAACAGGGGCGGGAGAUGAGAUUGUGUGCAGACAGGACAGGUUGAAGACAGGAAAGGCCGGUGGUCUCUGUGUGACAGAGGGAGAAGAGAGGGUGGAGGGAGCUGUAGGUCAGAUCUUCUAUGAUGCACGACGCAGGUUACCCGGCUGAUGGUUGAUCGAUGAGGCGGCGCAAUUAGCUUACUCGUGUGUGUGAGUCGCGGAGUACGUGCUCUUUUCGUGGCGUGCCUCCACUCUACGGCGCUUUCCUCCAGCUGCAUCGCUGCCCUGAUAACCAAACGCACGGAUAUCACGGACAGUUAUGCAGUGGACGGAAAUCGAGGUAGACUGGAGGCGCACAACGGAAGAGCACGGCUCGCCUUGCCAGACACAUGGACAUGCAAAGACGGACCACUACUCGAUGCAGGUCAAUGCAUGCGCUU